AGGGGCCGGCAGGGGCUGGGGGCGCCCGGAGCCCGCCAUGCAGAAAUACGAGAAGCUCGAGAAGAUCGGCGAGGGCACCUACGGGACGGUGUUCAAGGCCAAGAACCGGGAGAGCCACGAGAUCGUGGCGCUGAAGCGGGUGCGGCUGGACGACGACGACGAGGGGGUCCCCAGCUCGGCGCUGCGCGAGAUCUGCCUGCUGAAGGAGCUGAAGCACAAGAACAUCGUCCGGUUGCAUGAUGUCUUACACAGCGACAAGAAGCUGACUCUGGUCUUUGAAUUCUGCGACCAGGACCUGAAGAAAUACUUUGACAGCUGCAACGGAGACCUGGACCCCGAGAUUGUGAAGUCGUUCAUGUACCAGCUGCUGAAAGGCCUGGGAUUCUGCCACAGUAGGAACGUCCUGCACCGCGACCUGAAGCCCCAGAACCUGCUGAUCAACCGCAACGGGGAGCUGAAGCUGGCUGACUUUGGGCUGGCCCGGGCCUUUGGGAUCCCCGUACGCUGCUACUCAGCUGAGGUGGUGACGCUCUGGUACCGCCCGCCAGACGUCCUCUUUGGUGCCAAACUCUACUCCACUUCCAUCGACAUGUGGUCUGCCGGCUGCAUCUUUGCCGAGCUGGCCAACGCUGGACGGCCCCUGUUCCCGGGAAACGACGUCGAUGACCAGCUGAAGAGAAUUUUCCGGCUGCUGGGGACCCCAACUGAGGAGCAGUGGCCAGGAAUGACCAAACUCCCAGACUACAAGCCGUACCCCAUGUACCCUGCCACCACAUCGCUGGUCAACGUGGUGCCCAAGCUCAACACGACAGGCCGGGACCUACUUCAAAACCUGCUGAAGUGCAACCCGGUGCAUCGGAUUUCGGCAGAGGAGGCGCUCCAACAUCCUUACUUCACAGACUUCUGCCCCCCCUAA